AUGGGGCUUGGUGGGCGUGGGGGAGCAGCGGGGAACGGGCCCUGGGGCGGUGUGUUGCGCGCCCAACCCUCUUCGCGCUUCGUGCGGCUGUUAACGGGUGGCGAUUAUGUGGAUAAGCCUUUGGAAAAACCUUUAAAGCUGGUGCUUAAAGUUGGAGGAAGUGAAGUGACUGAACUGUCUGGGUCAGGGCAUGAUUCUAGUUACUAUGAUGACAGAUCAGAUCAUGAGCGAGAACGACAUAAAGAAAAGAAGAAAAAAAAGAAAAAAAAGUCUGAGAAGGAUAAAGAAAAGCAUCUAGAUGAUGAGGAAAGAAGGAAGAGGAAGGAAGAGAAAAAGAGGAAAAGGGAGAAAGAGCAGUGUGACACUGAAGGAGAAACUGAUGACUUUGACCCUGGGAAAAAAGUGGAGGUUGAACCUCCUCCAGAUCGUCCUGUCAGAGCAUGCAGAACUCAGCCAGCUGAAAAUGAGAGCACACCUAUCCAGCAAUUACUAGAACACUUCCUUCGCCAGCUUCAAAGGAAAGAUCCUCAUGGGUUUUUUGCUUUUCCAGUCACGGAUGCCAUUGCUCCUGGGUAUUCCAUGAUAAUAAAGCACCCUAUGGAUUUUGGUACAAUGAAGGAAAAAAUUGCAGCGAAUGAAUACAAAUCAGUCACUGAAUUCAAGGCAGAUUUUAAACUGAUGUGUGAUAAUGCAAUGACUUACAACAGACCAGAUACUGUUUACUACAAACUAGCCAAGAAGAUACUGCACACAGGCUUUAAGAUGAUGAGCAAAGAACGGCUGUUAGCUUUGAAGCGCAGCAUGUCGUUUAUGCAGGACAUGGAUUUUUCUCAGCAGGCAGCUCUUUUGGGUGAUGAAGACACAGCAGUUGAGGAACCUGUCCCUGAAGUUGUUCCUGUACAAGCAGAGACUACCAAGAAAUCCAAAAAGCAAAAUAAAGAAGUUAUUAGCAAAACUUUCUUGUGUAUCGGAUCUGAAUCUCUAUACAGAGAGAAAUUCUUAGCUAAGCAAAUGGAAGAAGAUACCCCAGGAGAGAGAAAUGGAUUUGGUGUGAGGAGAUGCUCUACCCAGUACCUAAGUUGCAUAUUUGAACCUGAGGGAAAUGCGUGCAGCCUGACAGAUAGCACUGCUGAAGAACAUGUCCUGGCACUAGUGGAACAUGCAGCAGAUGAAGCUCGGGAUAGGAUCAAUCGAUAUCUACCCAACAGCAAGAUCGGUUAUCUGAAAAAAAAUGGAGAUGGAACUUUAUUAUUUAGUGUAGUAAACUCAUCUGAUCCAGAAGCAGAAGAGGAAGAGACUCACCCAGUGGAUCUGAGUUCAUUGUCAAGCAAAUUAUUACCUGGCUUCACUACACUGGGCUUUAAAGAUGAGCGAAGAAAUAAAGUAACCUUUCUUACAAGUGCUAGUACAGCACCUUCCAUGCAAAACAACUCUAUAUUUCAUGAUUUGAAAUCAGAUGAAAUGGAACUCCUGUACUCAGCAUAUGGUGAUGAAACUGGGAUACAGUGUGCCUUAAGCUUACAAGAAUUUGUGAAGGAUGCUGGAAAUUACAGCAAGAAAAUAGUAGAUGAUCUUCUGGACCAGAUCACUAGUGGAGAUCACUCCAAAACUAUUUAUCAGCUAAAGCAGCGGCGAAACAUCCCAGUAAAACCACUGGAUGAAGUUAAAGUUUUGCCAGUUCUCAUAAAAGAAGAACACAAGUUGCGUAAUACCUGUCCGGAUUCUUCCAAACAGAUUAUGGUUGGAGAAUCUGCUGGAGACAGUAAUGCUUCUGACUUGGACUUUCUCUCUAUGAAAACAUACUCAGAUGUAUCUCUUGAUAUUUCUAUGUUAAGUUCAUUAGGGAAAGUAAAGAAGGAGCUUGAUCAUGACGAUAACCAUUUACAUCUGGAUGAAACAACUAAGCUGCUGCAGGACCUCCAUGAAGCUCAGGCGGACAGAGUGGGAUCCCGGCCAUCAUCCAAUUUGAGUUCCCUCUCCAAUACCUCUGAAAGAGACCAGCAUCAUCUUGGAAGCCCUUCUCAUCUGAGUGUUGGAGAACAGCAAGACAUGGUUCACGAUCCCUAUGAAUUUCUUCAGUCUCCGGAAACCUCAAAUGCCACUACUAACUAAUCUGACAUGUAUUAUAUGUAUUUUGUAUUUUAAUUGUAUUAUGUUUUUAUAAAGUUUUUGUCCAUGGCAGAAACCUCAAUUUUUUUCCUCUUUUCUGCGAGGAUUCCUGUAUAAUAUUAUCAUACAUGCUGGAUUAAACAAAAGAAAAAUACCUACUUAGUAUAUUAUGUUGUUAGCAAUGUACCAAAACCUGCUUUUGAUUUGUUUGUUGAGGGAGGUCACUGUCUACUGGUGUGUAAAUAUUGGCUGA